CCCCAUUUGGGCCGGAGGUUGAAGGAGACGUUCCAAUCCAGUCAGCCCUGCUAACUUGGUGACAUCAACUUCUCUCUCUAUCUUUCAAAUGUUCAAUAUAUUUUAGGGUUUCAAUUUCAUACAUUCUCGAUGGAUGUUGACAUCGACGUCGACAUAGCCCGGUGGAUUCUCGAAUUCCUCGUACGGCAACCCCUAGACGACCGCAUUGUUAGCUCCCUGAUUAGCAUUCUUCCUCCCACAAACGAAAAUUCAGGUCUCAAAAAGUCCCUCCUUUUACGACGAAUCGAAUCCGAAAUAUCUGCCGGUUCGGUCUCCGAGAAGAUCCUUGAUAUCCUCGAGCAAAUUGAGGAAUUAGACUUCCAGGACAAGAUUAAGCAACAUUCUGACCUAAUCAAGGCCGCCUAUUGCUCGGUGGCUGUGGCUUGUACUGCAAAGUUUCUGAAUGAUAAGGACGUUGAUAGUAAAUUUAGGUAUUUCGAUGCGGUCAGGAGGAUUUGGAGAGGGAGAGUGUGUAAAAUGGAGAACGCGGAGAAGGUGGGUUUGAUUUCGGAGGAACUGAAGAGUUGGAAAGAUGAGCUCGAGGCUGCCGUGUGGGAUGAGAGUAUUUGGGAUAGUGUGUUGCAGAAGAGUAAAGGCCUUGAUGCGGUUGGGGCGGUUAGGCUUUAUGUUCGAGAGGAAAAAGAUGAUAUCGGGCCUUCUUUUCUGGAAUUAGUAGCUGAGGCAUUGAGGGCUGAUGAUAAAUUAAAGGGGAUUCUCGGAUUCAAAGGGACCCAUGGCGGGGCAAUUCAAAGUUCGGGUCCUAGAGAUGCUAAUAGAGGUGGUUGUUUCUCAAUUCAUGUAGAAGUGCAGAGAGCAAAUGUUGUUUCCGGGCGGAAGCAUGUUGCUUCUAAAGGAAUCCGAGGUGCUCCAUCUGGGAUGUCUAGAGGUGCUAAGAUCAUAGAUGGUGACACUUCUGGAGCUGACAUUUCUGGCAAAACGUUUGAUCUGCCAUCUACUCCUGAAGUGCAUGAAGUGCAGGAAGCUCUUAAGUCAAGUUCGUUGGACCUAAAAGCUGUGGUAAAGGAUCCCCUUCCUGAUGCUUUAAACAUUGCUGAUACCGUGGUUUCUAGCAUUGAAAGAAAAGAUGCAGGUAAGCAGCCUGUGGAAGAAAAUCAUGUUGGAGCAAACCCUUCCAUUGCUGAGAGCUCUGGAGCUGUUCAAGCUAAUGAAGGGACUCUGGGUAAUCAUUGCUCUGAGCAUCAGAAAGAUGCACCAAGACAGAGUUUAAUGGCACGAAGCAGCACUGCUCGUACUUUUGAGUGGGACGAUUCAGUUGAUGCAUUGGCUGGAGAUUCACCAAAUCCUGGAAAUGGAGUUCAGUUACCUAGCCCAAAGAGAAGGGUAGUUUCUCCUUUGAAGAAAUAUGAAAUCAAUAAUAUGAAGAAAAGGAGAAAAUUUAAGAGAUGGAGUACAUCAGAAGAAGAGACGUUGAGGAUUGGUGUAGAGAAGUAUGGAAGAGGAAACUGGAAAGUUAUUUUGAAUGCAUAUCGUGAUGUAUUUGACGAGAGAACCGAGGUUGAUUUGAAGGACAAGUGGCGAAACCUAACACGCUAAUGCUAGCUUUUGAAGGAACUGAUUUGCUGUUUGUUUUAGCCACAGAUAUGUGCUUUGUAUAGCUUUUGUCUUUUCAUAUCCCUGUUUUCUCCAUCUGCUGUUUUGAGACAUGGCAAACCAGUUCACUGGCUUCUAGCUCAGCGUAGUACUAUUUUGGAGGAGCAAUGGAUUUUUGUAUGCUUUUGUCUCGUAAUCAAGUGGAUAGUCUUGUAGUCAGGAUUAGGAUAGCAUAAUGAUGUAACCAACAAUAUUACUCGUUCAUUUUGAAAAAAUGAACAUCUAAGUAAUGUCUAUAAAGUUUUUCACCUCUCUA